AAUCGAACGGGAUACGUAUUGUUGCUUCGACGUCACGGCAAUGGGAGUCUGCAGUCGCUUCCUCCUUUUCAGCGAGUUGUGUUGUCGCAUGACUUUGGGGCCUCUCGUUUGUCGGUGGGCGUUCCGUCUUCUCAGUUUUUUAUGGUGAAGGAUUUUGAGAUGUAUGCGCGGGAGGAGCCGUCGAGCCUGCGGCGGUGUCUCGGCGCUGCCUUCGGUGCAAGCAGCGACUCAACUGCGUGGUCUGGGGAGUUUCUGCUGAGUGACAUGGGGACGUAUCAGAUCCUCGUGGAGAGGACUGAAGUCAAUCCUCUGCUGCACUACUCGCUCUCCAUGGGCAUAGCGCCGGCUCCCUUCUCGCGAACGACAGUCGUGGAGAUUCUGCCAGCCUACGUUGUCUCGAACGAGACGUCCAAGGCUCUGUGGUUCUGCGAAGCGGGGGGGAGCCAAGAGGCUCGCUGCCACCUGCUCGAGCCAGGGAGCCUCAUGGAAUUCCAUCCGCAAGGCAAAAAGCCCGUCUCCAUUGUGCUGACGGCCGUUCCUCAGAAAGGGCUUGUUCGAAGGGAUGCUCGCGCUGAUCUCUCCUGGGAAACUGGCGAGCCAGAACUGCCCCCCUCCGUUUCCAAGGAAGCUUGCAGGAAGGGCUCGAACUGCUCAGGCUCUGGCAACACGUCGCAGACGGCGGAAGACGCUGCUGCAGGGGGGGAGGGAAAAGCAGGAGCUGUCUGGUCGGGCCCUAUAGAGAUUGACAGCGCGCGACUUGUGCAGGUGCGGCAUCAGCACGAGACGCAGCCAGCGACGCAAACGGCAGCGGGAACGACGGGGGAGCCUCCCUCGGAGGCUUUCUGUGGACGGUCUUUGGUUUUCCGCCCCAGCGCUUCUAACGCUGUCGGCAACUGCAACAGCGGCAGCAGCAGUUCCUUCUGUCUGACAGAAGUGGAAGUCUGCUUGUACGCGGGCUCGAAAUUCGUCCGUCUGAGAGAACCCUCCAUCCCAGACUACGUUCUUGUCAACAAAACCUCCUUCGUCCUCUUUGUUGGGCAGCAUGGAGUCUCUGCCUACGAACCUGUCCUUCCGGUUCCGCGGCAGCACCUCAAGAAAAGCUACGAAUUCCUAGGAAGGUAUGGUCUGCCGUUUGCCUUUUACGAUCCGACGAAAGAGAAGAAACUGGAGGUGUGGCGGAUGUCGUCGGGGGGCCCCCCUCCCUCUGGCCAUAGGCUGUCUGGGAGACUCUCUCAUUUGCAGUCGCGACUGCGAAGCGGGAGAGCCUCUGCGGGGGUGGGGCAGGAGGCGAGCUGCAGAGUAGACGCCGCCACGAUGCGGCGCAUUCGGCGGGAGUACGCGGAGACUAUCAGUCUCAAGACUUCUCAAGGGCAGCCAGGCUUGAUCCGCUUGGUGCUGCAGAGCAGCGCGGGGGGCCCCCUUCCUGGGGGGCCCCCCGCCUCGCCAGUUGAGCGCGUGGUCGUCUGCGUGCGGCGUCCGAUCGUCAAGGGAAGCACCUACUUGGUAUUCUUCGAGGCGAGUCGCGCGGCUCCAGAGGCAGCCGAACCGCCCCCCCUAGCGACUGCAGCCGCGCCAGCGAGAGCAACGGCGUGUGCGGUGACAAGGGGAGUCUUGCACGAAGGCUUGCAGCCGUUGGACAGACACAGGCCGCCUCUGCCCUGCCGCGCUCCCUUGCCGUCAGACUGUGCAGUGUCUGCCGUGCCGCAACAAGGCGAAAGGCAGCGACUUGCUGAUGCGAGUCUUGGGCAGUCCAGUCCCCGCCAGACAGCGGCUUCUCGUUCGCGCCCCCUCUCCCCCCCCGCGUUGCUGUCUGCGAGAGCUGACGCCGUCUCUGGGCUUGCUGGCGCCUCGGCGCUAGCUGCGGCACCUUCUUCUCUGCCUCCUGGACUCUUCCGAGAGCUACUGGAGAGGAGGGGUGGACAGAGCAAUGCUGCGGGCGAAAGCGACGAGGAGGAGGAGAGCGAGCACCCCCCCUUGUACAGCCAGGAUCUCAGUGUGAACCUCGUCCUCGUGGGAGCUGGCUUGUCGCUGAUCGACAGCAAACCCGCGGAGAUUCUCUACGCCUCCGUGGAGCUGCUGCAGCUCUCCUUCAAGUCUACGCAGGAGGGGGAGAAGCUGCGGCUCAGCGUCGGAUGGGUUCAGGUGGAUAAUCAUGCUCCCAUGGCGUAUUAUCCGACCAUGCUCCGUCCCAUUACAGACGCCCGCGCAGCAGACGUCAGUUCGAAGGGUGUUUUCUCGAAAGACGCUGCUUCUCAGCACCGGGGUGGUGUCGAUGGAGGCGAAGCCGCAAGCUCCGCUGAAGAUCCUGAGGAGCAAAGCGCUGCCGAGGGGGAGGAGAUUCGGCGUCGGAGGGCGUCGCGUUCGGGCGUCUCCUCCAGAGACAAGCAAAAACAAGGCCCCUUCGCUUGCUUUCCCGCCGUGCAGGAGGCUGACGCAGCGCUGGGAUUGCAUUCGGAGGAUGCAGCGGAAGGCUUGAAACUACUGGAGGAAGAAAACGCCGUGGGGCAGCUAAUUCUGGAAAGAAGAAACACCGUUGACGGGAGGGGCCUUACGGUGAUUCCACAAUGCGUGUUGCGCUUAGCGCCGCUCUCCGUCAACAUGGAUUUCCAGCUGGCGUUCUCCCUUCUCCUCUUGUUAGACGAUCUCUUGAGGACGGUCGACCUUGAUCUCCUGCAACAAAGCGUGAAAGACGUUCGAACUUCCGAGACAGAACCGCACAGUCCGAGUUGGAGAGCAAUGUUGGGGCCGGUGGAGGGGGCGAUGGCGGAGUCGAUGCGGGGGAGUGGAGACAGCGUAGGAAAGGUGUACCUCGGCGUUCUUGACGUUGGACGUGUGAUGCUUGUCAUCAACAUCCGCAACAAGCGACAAGGAACCGAUGAAGAGGAGCAGCCCCACAGCGAGCUGAUUCGAGGCGUUCUUGCGAUCAUGAAAUCCAGUCCCUACAUCAGCGACGCGAAUUUGGUGUUUGCAUCCGAGGAGUUUCGCCGAGGCUUGGCCUUGUGGGGCACUCCUGGAUUCGCCUUUAUCUCCUUCGGAAGGGGAUUUGCUCGCUGUGGUGCUGCCUUUGUGGCGGGGGUUUUAGACUCCUCUGGACGUUUUUUCGGCUCUUGGUUCCAGUGCUUUGAGGCAUUUGCGAGGAAUUCGGAUGCCUAUUCGGUAAUGCAGGAUGUGAGAGGGCAAGGCGGCGUCACUGACCAGCCAGGAAGCAUUGCGGAGGGUCUUAUAUCUGGAGGCAAAGGCUUCGCCUUCACCUUCGCCUUGUCUCUUGCCAACUUUUGCGGCAAACCCUUCAAGGCAACGCAGCUGCAUUUGCUUCAGCAAGCAGCAAACAGCCGUUCGGAGAAAUUUCUUGCAGGGGCAAAAGGGCUUGCAAUUGGCAGUGCCUCUGCCCUUGGCUCUCUGUGCUUUGGCGUUCCCUCUUCUCUUCUCCUGCUGCUCUCCUCCUCCUGCGUCGGCGCUCUCAAUCAAAUACAAGCCGUUCCGAUGCUCGAUUCCGUACGCCCUCGCCGCGUCUUCUGCAUCGGCAGCUGGCGUCCAGAGAGCUACAGUUUCUCUCUGGCUACGGCGCAAAGCACAGUGCCUCGUGCCGCCCGCAGUCCGCCCCCGCAGCUUGUCUUUGCCAUCCCCGUCUAUCGGCAGCGCGGGGAGGGAGAGGCACGGCUGGCAAGCGAAGAGCGCGUGCAGCGUCUCGAGCAGCGGCUGCAGAAGCUGAGUCGCGUGCAGCACCACUCCCGACGUCGAAAGCCUCAAACUUGCUUGGCUGUUGGUCUGAGAAGGCUUGGGCUGCUCGAAGGCAAGCGCGUCAUCUGGAGCUGCUUCAGGGGGGAUGUGGCUCAAAUUCAGAUCGUGCAGACGUUUUCCGGGGAGCCUAACAACCCCACCACCAACUCGGCCUUCUUCCUCACCAUUCUGCACUUUCGAGCGGCUGGCAAGCCGCCUCCCGAUGAAGGUCUCUGCAGACACGUCAAGGAAGGCUUUAAACACAGAGCAGAUCUCGGAGAUUCGACGGCACAGACCAAGGCGGCAAACAGCACGAUCUCCGGCAGCAGCUACAGCAGCAGCAGCAGCAGCAGGAGCAGCAGCACGAGCAGCAGCAGCACCUACUCAGACGAGGACGAAGACACAGACGCCCUCGAGUUUGAUUACUCGGAGACGUCGGAAGAAGCCUCCGAAAUCUUCGAGGGGCCUCUCUUCAAGGCGCCUUCCUCCAAGGAGCAGAAAGGCGCAGCUCCUCGAGACGCCCCUCCUGCGCCGUCAACAGCAGCAGAGCACGCCGAAGCCGCAGACAGUCCAACUCAGCAGAUGCGGCAACGGCAGCAACAGAAAAUACAGCAACGGCAGCAACAGCAGAUGCAGCAACGGCAGCAACAAGAACCCAACCGUGGACCCCUGCAGGUGCUCAAGAAGGCGAAAGUAGGGAAGUGGCUUUUAGGACGGCGCAUGCCUUUAGAGACAGAUCCACUAAAGCAAACAUUCGUCUGCAGAUGGGUAGAGUUCUCUUCGAAGGCGGCAGCGCUGCACGCUUUCGACCUCUUAUCGCAGCUUCUCGAUAGCCCCCCUGGGCAGGGACUGGCGGACGUGAGUCUCUACCCGCUUCUGUAA